GGACAGAAGUGAGAGAAGAUGCUCAUCAAGUCAAAGAAGAAGGACGGGAAAUUAGAGAUCCUCUAAUUGAAAGCAAGGCGGACAAAUGAAUGAAGUAGCCUGAGAAAGGUGUAGCCGGUGUUCUCUCGGCGGGCGCGCUCAGAGACAGACGCGAGGGACAGCGGCUCUAAGCGGGGCCAUUCAUGGUCAUCUAUGGGUGAGUGUCUGCAGAAAUCUUGUCCAUGUUUGGAAUCACUAUGGCAGAGGAUUUUCAAAGACAAGAAGGCUUCUCCUGGAGGAGGAGACGGAGUAGUCAAUGGUAGUGGAGGGGGAAGAGAGCGCGGCAGUGACGGCCGCGGUGAGGAAAGACCACCGAGUCCUUGUCCGAGUCCGGCGGACAGUGUGCCCGAGAGCAGCUCUAUCUACACGGCGGUGUGGCCGUUUGAAGCCCGUCACAAGGAUGAGCUGUCAUUUCAGGAGGGGGAUCUGUUCAAUGUUAUCAGCCGCAAGGGGGACUGGUGGACCGCACGGAGGAUCGACAAGAACGGGUGCGUCCUGGACACCGGGAUCGUGCCCAAUAACUACCUGGUCAGGGCGGAAUCCCUAGAAAUGCAACCAUGGUAUUUUGGGACAAUGAGCCGCUUUGAGGCCCAAAGCUACCUGCUGGGACCAGGAAACGACAACGGAGCUUUCCUCAUCCGACACAGUGAGAAGGACAACGUUGGAAACGUUCUUUCAGUGAGGGUCAGCAAUCAGGUGAAGCAUUUUAAGAUCCUCCAAGCAGGGGAUAAUUUUUACGUGGAGUACAACCGCAACUUCAGCUCUCUGAUUGACUUGGUGGAGUACUACUGUGCCAACAGCCUGAACAACAUAUACAGACUGGGAAACCCCAGCAAAAGGAAAAAGCCCAACACCCCAGAUUUGAAUCAUUUUACGGUGGAUGAGUGGGAGCUCCCGAAAGAGGAGUUUACCCUGGAGGAGCAGCUGGGCAGUGGCUACUUCGCUGAAGUCUACAGAGGACACUGGAAAAACCAUAUUAAAGUCGCCAUCAAGAUCCUCAAAAGUGACUCGGAGUUGAACUAUCGCGAAUUUCAGAGCGAAGUUCAGAUCCUGAAGCGUCUCCGUCAUCGUCACCUCAUCUCCCUGUUUGCUGUCUGUACGGCCUCAGCACCUUACUACAUCAUCACUGAGUUGAUGGAAAAAGGCAGCCUGCUCAACUUCCUCAGAGGUCCAGAGGGGCAGAAGCAAAACAUUGAGUUACUCAUUGACAUGGGCGCUCAGGUGGCUGAUGGGAUGGCAUACCUGGAGGAGCAGAACAGCAUCCACAGAGAUUUGGCGGCUCGAAACGUCCUGGUGGGGGAGGACUACAUCUGUAAGGUGGCCGACUUUGGACUGGCCAGAGUGAUCAAGGAGCCGUUCUACAUCACAGAAGAUAAAAAGAUACCCUACAAGUGGAGCGCUCCUGAGGCCAUCAGCCAUGGAAAGUUCUCUAACAAGUCAGACGUCUGGUCUUUUGGUGUCUUGCUCUAUGAGAUCACAACCCAUGGUGGCAAUCCUUACCCAGCCUUUAGCAACCAGGAAGUGUACCAGCAGGUUACCAAAGGCUACAGGAUGCCAGCUCCGGCCAAAUGUCCAGACUUUCUCUACAAAAUCAUGCUGAAAUGUUGGAGCGCCGAGCCAGUCGACAGGCCAGACUUCAAGUCCCUAAAGAUCCAACUGGAGGGCAGGUCCUACGAGUUGGAGUGAUUUGUUAGAUUUUUUUUAAUUCUCUUCAUAUCCUGACAGCAAUCAAUAAAUGAAAUGCUCUGACACACAAAAACAAGGCCAAUCAUUUCAUUCGGUCUGAAUGAAACAGCGCAUGAAAGAUUUUGGGAGAGUGGCUUUGGGGGAAGACUGGAGGGGAAGAGGGGACAUUGCCCACUUCAGCUUUAAAUAUGUGAA